UCUGCUAUUGAUAGAGACACUUUUGAUGAGACGAGCAAGGGCCUGUUGCAUGAUGAGAUCGUGAGCCAGAUGAGUAAUGGACAGUGCUCCAAGCGAGAACACUGUAUUUAUGGACACUGGUCCCCCGGGUUUCGUGCACUCCAGUAUCUUCUGGGUGCUCUUUACUGCAGGCUAUACGGUGCAAAAUAACAGUGCGGGGACGACCUCAUGAGGCACCCAGCAACGGAGCCCAGAACGGCCCUGUAGGUUCCGAGGCCCCUGCAUCUUUCCUCAUGAUCGACUCAGGACCACGAGAUUGGGACGAGCAGUCAUACGCCCAUGACGAAAGACCGUUGUUCCCAAGGGCAGCUGAAGAUCGUUUCGAAAACCAGAUGAUGCAGGCGGAAGAUGCAAAGCUUGUCAGUGCGAGGAGACGCCCCGGCAGGCAAGCUGAUGGCCCGACAAGUUCUCGUCCUGUUUCCGUGUACGACGUUGCUUCGCCAUCAGCUGUCAGCUGAAGAUCAUCAUGAUCUGUUCACGAUCGAUCUGCGAGCCAAGACUUGUCAAACGAGCUGAUUUGAAUCCAGAAACUCGAGAAUGGUGCGCGGUUGGCGAUAUGGAGCAGACAGACCACCGAAUGCUGCCAGCCGGGUGUUGGCUUGCUCUCUCUCUCUCUCCAUCUCCUCUACACCACAGAAAGAAUCCCGAGAAAGAAUCCUGC